AUGGGGAAAGGACACCACACCACCUCUGCACCUCCCAGCAAGCAUACCGUCACACGUGUGAUCGGGCAUAUCGAGACACAAACUGCGACCCUCACGCAUCACUACAGCCACGGCAAUAGUAUCCUUCCUCGACGUUCCAUCAGCAAACGUUCAGAUAUUACACAGCUACUGCUGCAAGACCUGGAUGAUGUUUGCCAAGAUGCCAACAGGUUCUACGAUGAAGAUUCCGACAUGGAUGAUGACUCGGAAUUUGGCGGGCGAUCAUUUGUCAAGGCUCAAGGUGAUCCUCCCAAGCUGACUGGCGAGAGUCUUGCAAAGUACUUUGGCCACGAGUGGGACAAAGACGACGAGGAGAAGGACAAGAAACUUUGGGACACGAUUGCCACCGAUGUCUACAACUGGGCCUGCACUGACCCGGAGGACGACAUUUCGGAUCAGGACACUGACGGUCUUGAUGCACCCGGGUCCAAAUCCACGGGCACAUCUCAGCCGCACUACAACAUGACCGAUUCAUUCAACUUGACGCAUGCCGGCGGACACGGAGAGAAAUCUUCUACAACCGAGACAGCUGUCAUCGCGACCAAGUCUCCCUUCGGAAAGAGCACCGACAAUGUUGCUGCCAUGAGCAUGGGCAAUGUUCCGCUUGCAUUGGCGGCCUUUCUUUUGCUGGUGGCAUUUGGAAUGUGA